CAGUCACAAUGGGACGAACACUCGCAUACCCAAAGCGCUCCUCAAACACAGUCAAUCGAUACAACAAUCGAGCAACAUACGAUCUGGGUGCAAUCCAUUCAAUUAUUAAUGAAUCCCAGGUCCUCAAUGUCUCCUUCAACCCAGGACCUGAGGAUCCAUUCCCAACGAUACUCCCCAUGAUCGGACAAAUGGGCUCCUUUCAAUAUCCAUCCGCAGACAUCAACGAGCCACUGGAAUGCUACCUGCAUGGCUACGUCAGCUCCAGGAUCAUGAAUCUCGCACGCAGUAACGAGGGCGAGGGACUUCCCAUCUGCAUUGCAAGCAGCAAAGUAGAUGGGUUAGUCAUGUCUCUAACCCCCAACUCGCACAGCUGUAAUUAUCGCUCAGUGGUCUUGCAUGGAUAUGCAAAGCUCGUCACGGAUGAAGAGGAAAAGCUUUGGGCCAUGAAGCUGAUUACUAACUCAGUGGUCGCUGAUCGCUGGGAUAACACCCGAGUUCCUCCCGACCGGGCGGAAAUGUCGUCGACUGUGAUUUUGAGGGUCAAUGUUUUUGAUGGGAGUGGAAAGAUAAGGAGUGGGCCACCGGGUGAUGAGCGUAAGGAUACCGAGAGAGAUGAUAUUACUGGCCGUGUUUGGACAGGCGUUAUCCCUGUUUAUGAAACCUUUGGGGUGCCAGUUCCUAGCGAUGGAAAUCGGGUGUCUGAGGUUCCUGGGCAUAUUGCUGAGUUCAUUGCGAAGAGGAAUGCGCAGAAUCGGGCUUUGGCUGAGCGUGCUGCACGGCCGGCUGUGGGAUCAGAUUAG